AUGGAGGCCCCCAAGGAAGAGGAGGAGGAAUACCUGAAGCUCAUAAAAUGCUCGAACAACGUCGAGUUCAAGGCGAACGAAGAGAUAGACGCGCUGGAAAUCUGCAUGGAGAAAUCCAUCAAUUUAAAAAUUCUUCAUUUCUUUGUUAACAUAAAGGAGCUGUAUUUGGUAAAAAAUAACAUCUCGGAUGUAACCCCCUUGCUGGAAUGCUCAAAUCUGAGGGUCCUAUUUUUGCAAAUCAAUCGGAUCAGGAGCGUCCUAGGGCUGGGGAAGCUGAAGAAGCUGGAGAAGCUGAACCUGUUCAGCAACGAACUGACGGAGAGCGGCAUCGACCUGGGAGAGAACAAGCAGCUCCUCUACAUCGACCUGAGCGACAACGCAAUAGAAAGCAUCGACUUCUUCUGGUGCACCACCUCUUUCGUCCACAUCAAUUUGGCGAACAACCGGAUUCGAACACUGGACCCCCUUCGCAACAAUGCAAAUUUGGAGCACCUAAAUGUCAGCGGGAAUAGGCUCGAACGCUUUGAAGACGUCCAGGCGCUGCGCCUGCUGCCGAACGUUAAGGAGCUCUACCUCAGUUCGAUCUACUACAGAAGCAACACUCUGGUGGAGAGCCUCCUCUACAAGCACUACUUCUGCACCAACUUCCCAAAUUUACGGAUACUGGACCACCAAGUGGUGAGCAGCGAAGACAGAAAGCUAACCGCGCAGGACAUGGAAACACUGAGGAGCCUCUCCGACUGCAAAAUUAAUUUCAUCGAAGAAAAGUAUAAAAGGGAAAAAAACCACCUCCUGUUUAUAAACAACAAAAAUUUAUUUUACUUGAAUGAGGUUUUAUGGCCAAUUCAUUUUUACUUCAACAUGGAGGGGACUCCCCUGGAUGAGGGUGCCCAGGGGGAACACGAGCGAAUGGAGGAGAUAAAACGGGAGGUAUCCUUUUUUCUCAGCGCGUACACCUCCAGAUUUAACUACAUCAUGCGGAGGCUGAAGGAGGAGCGAGACCUGCAGAUAAAAUACGUGUCCACGUCGAUGAGUUCCUAUUUUAAUGUUUUCUUCCAAGUGGUGACGAAGCAGCAGGCAGAGUACAGCCAAGUGGAGGAGCUACUCAAGCGGAACUUCAACGCGGAGGCGCUAAGGAGCUACUUUGUGGAGGACAUAAAAAUUGAGAGCAUCGUAAAGGUGAAGAAGCUCAACCAUGGCUGCCUGGACGCGUUAAUCUGCAAAAUUGACGACCACUUCGACUUUGAGGAGAAGGAACUGGUGGUGGAGGACCCGGAGAGGAGGAAGUUCUUCGAGAGGAACUUCGUCUGCUCGUGCCGCAGCCUGAGCCACGUGUUGAAGACGGCCAUCAGGACGUUCCUCUCGGAGGAUCAGGACGACUUGGUGCACCCAAUCUACUGCAGAAGCAAGGGGGGGGCAUCUCCAUCCGUGGGAGCAUCUCCCUUCGCGUCCUUCUCCCCCCACGGGCACCCCCCCGCAACGGAGGUGCACCUGAAGAAGAAAAUUGUGAGGAGCAAACGGUUCGACUUCCCCCCAGUGCGCAUAUACGUGGUGGAGAGUUACUUCUUCCCGAACGAGCACAGAGAAGUGACGGCCUACAGCUCUUCCGGGGGGCGGGAGGACACUGAAAGGAACGAGGAUAACAAGUUUAAAAUAUUUUACACGCAGCCGAGGCACACCAACUUGAAGUUCAUAGUCAACGUCAGUCUGGUGGGUAGCAGCACAACGGUGGGUAGCAGCACAACGGUGGGUAGCAGCACAACGGUUAGUGGCAUCUCAACGGUUAGUGGCAUCUCAACGGUUAGUGGCAUCUCAACGGUUAGUGGCAUCUCAACGGUGAGCAGGGGGAACUCCCUCACGGGGGCAGGCGCAGAAGAAAAGAAGCAACAAAAAAAAAACUUCCACUUGGACUUCCUAAAUUGUGUGAAAGUACAAAACACGGUGGACGCCCCAAAUGAAUCACAUGCAAAAAAAAAACUUAAAACGGAUUUCUACGAGUCCCUUUUAACUUUCAAUUUUAUAAAUUUCUUUUACGUCACCAAGUACUUUAUUAAGCUGAGCAAAAUCAUUUGUGAGAUUAAGAAGUGCGUGUCGGGUCUUUUGGCGAGGAGGAACUUAACGCACCUGCUGCAGUUGCGCGCCAAACAUUUCCAGGACAGAUUGGAGGUGACUUUGCCUGAGCAUGUUCAUGCGUUGGAGGGGAAGAGGCUGGGCCUGGUCCGCCUCGUCAGAGGGUCAUCUGAAGCGGGCGAUUCGUUUGCAGCUGCGCAAGACUCAACUGCGGAGAACGCCGAAGCGGAGGCCCUACACCUCGGCAGCUUCCACUUGCACAAAAUAAACCUGCGAGUCAUACGGGACACUUUUAAAAAUUUAAAAAAGCUCUGCCUAGUCAAUAACAACAUCAGCGACCUGGGUGCGUUUUUCCAGAGUGGGGAUGAGGACAUUGCUUCUUUACUGCACCUCGACCUUUCCUUUAACUGCAUCUCGACCCUUGCCCCGAUAUGUAGCAAAUUCAGAAAGUUAGUGCACCUGGAUGUGUCCUUCAACUGCAUUUCUGAUUACGUCGAAAUUGCCAUGUUCAGUCGGAGCCAUAAGGAGGUGGAGUCCCUAUCCCUGGUUGGCAACUCCCUCUAUGUUAAACCCUCACACUAUGCGUAUGUCCACCGGAUUUUCCCUCGCAUGGUUUGGCUCAACGGGGUGCGCGUGGCGUCCAGCGGGGAGUUCCGCUUGGAAGCGCACGCGGUCGAGGGCCCCUGGGGCGGCGCCCCGAGCAGCGGCGACCUCGCCGCCAUUCCAAAGGAGCCCAAGUGCAGAGAUUACCUCAUCAAAGUAGAAGCAGUGAAUAUGUCGGGCCUGUACACCCCGCUGCCGCUGUUCGAUUUCUCCCUUUUGCCGAAUUUGAAAAUGCUAAACUUGGCCAACAACGGAAUGGAUGAUGCGGACGAGCUGAAGCUUCCAAUAAGUUUACGCAAGCUGGACGUACGAAACAACCGAUUGAGAUUCCUCAACUUUUUAAAAAGAAGUAACUUAAAAAUUGAAAUCCUCAUUUUGGACCGAAACGAUCUUGUAGACAUCGAUGUGGUGGACUCACUCAAACAUUUAAAGGUGCUCAGAUGUGCCCACAACAAAUUGAAGACCAUUCCGUUGAUGCAGCAUGCACAGCUGGUUGAGCUGAACGUACACAAUAAUUUUAUAAAAGAUAUUAGCCACUUGGUUCUGAUGAGAAAAAAAAAGUGCCUAAGGUGCAUCAGCAUCUAUAAUAACAGAAUAAACUUCCCCAAUUUGCAACUGUACCUUAUGCACACGUUCAGAAAUUUGAUCCUCUUAAACGAUAGCUACGUAGAGAGAGGAGAUCAUGUGGAUUCUUUUUUUAAAAAAAUUUAUACCCUUAACGUCUUCCACGAUUUGUAUAAGCUUUUUCCUCCCUACACCUCCUUGCGGACCCUCGAAAUUAAAAAUUUUAAAAUUCGCAGCAUCAUGUUUCGCAUCAGCAAUGAGGACUUCGCCCACUUGGAGCGCCUCGACUUGUCCAACAACUUCCUCAGCAGCAUCUCCAACGUGGGCCCGCUGGACGCCCUCAAGGUCCUCCUCCUGAACAACAACAAGCACAUCAGCGACGAGUCCUUCGCGGGGCCGGACGGCAGGAACGUGCUGGACUCCUUCAAAUCGCUGGAGCAACUAGACAUCAGCGCCUGCACUCUGUGCAAAACGGACUUCCUCAGCAAGUGCACCAAUUUGAAGAAGCUGCAGAGCCUCAAUUUGGAAGGAAACAACAUCCACUCGGUGAAGAGCCUCUCCCACUUGGGGGGUCUCCUCCACUUAAACUUGGCGAACAACAAGGUGUCGAAGAUUUGCCCCGAUUCGUUUCCCCCCCAGCUGCAGCGGCUCAGUCUCUCCAACAACCUAAUCAGGAACCUCGCCCCGCUGCGCUCACUGCAAAACUUGGAAGACCUGGACCUGCGCGUCAACCGGAUCGACAACGUAGAGGAGUUCACCUCGUUAAGGGACCUCCCCAAGUUGAGGAUCCUUUACCUAAAUGGAAACAGAAAGAUAAAGGAGCACUUCCCAAUCAUCAGGAGCAUGCUGAAGCAGGUGGGCACCUUCGACGAUAAGAUUGUGAGGGAGCACGACGAGAUGGUGCAGCACAUGGCGGAGAAGAGGGAGUGCGCCGGGGGCGGUCAGGAGGCAAGCGCGAAGGAGGCCACAAAGGACGCCACAAAGGAAGCCGCUAAGGAAGCCGCUAAGGACGCCGCUAAGGACGCCGCUAAGGAAGCCACUUGGGAUACCCAUAGGGAGGCGCCCAGAAAAGGGGUGGCCACCCGCGCGCAGACCAAGCUGCAGCGCCCCCCAAAGAAGAAGGACUCCUUCGAUGAGCGAGUUAAGAAAGACAGCUUCACCGUUAUAGGUAAACGUGCAAGCAGAAGUGGCGAUUACUAA